GAGAGUGUAGCCCGUGGAAUCAAUAUGAUAAAGGAAAGGCUUCAUAGUAAAAGGUUUCUUUUAAUUCUUGAUGACGUGGAUAAAUCAAAACAAAUAGAAAAUUUGCUUGGAAAUUGUGAUUGGUUUGUUUCAGGAAGUAGAGUCCUUAUAACAACAAGAGAUGCACAUUUGCUAGCUACUCUUGAAAAAGAUUGUACAACUUACAAGGUGAAGGAAUUGGACAAACGUGAAGCUUUGGAACUCUUUAAUCAACAUGCCUUCCGAGGAAAUAAACUUGAGGAAGAUUAUUUUGAACUUGCAAACCAAGUCAUACGAUAUGCCGGAGGCCUACCAUUAGCCUUAACAAUAAUAGGUUCUGAUUUGUGUGGAAGAAAAAAAUCUGAAUGGAAAGGUGCAAUACAUCAAUAUGGAAAAAUUCCUAAAGGAGAUGUUCAUGAAAUACUUAAAGUAAGUUAUGAUGGAUUGGAAGAAACUGAAAAGGAUAUUUUCCUUGAUAUUGCAUGUUUCUUCAAGGGAAGGGACAAUAAUUAUGUUGUAAAUAUAUUAGAUGCUUGCAAUUUAUAUCCAACAUUUGGUAUUCCAAACCUUGUUAAUAAAUGUCUCAUAACUAUUGGUUAUGAUGGCAAGUUGUGGAUGCAUGACUUGGUACAACAAAUGGGUAGGGAAAUUGUUCGGCAAGAAUCACCAAAAAUCCUCAAAAAACGUAGCAGGUUAUGGCAUUAUGAGGAUUCUCUUGAAGUACUAACGGAAAGUAAGGGGUCAGACAAAAUUCAAGGUCUAAUGUUGGAUUUGCCUAAUCCAAUAACAGUGCAACUACAUGCUAAAGCUUUCAGAAAGAUGAAAAAUCUCAAAUUUCUUAUAGUUCGUAAUGUACUCAUUUCUGAAGAACUUAAAUAUCUUCCCAAUGGGUUAAAGUUACUUGAAUGGCACCAAUAUCCUUUUUCCUUGCCAUCCAAUUAUUGUCUUCAACAACUUGUUGUACUUGAGAUGCCACGUAGUUGCAUUAGAUUGGAGAAGCUAUUCAAGCAGGGGUUCCAGUACCAAAAUAUGAAAAGUAUCAAUUUGAGAGAGUGUGCAUCCAUUAGAAAAUUACCUGACUUGUGUGCCCCGAACUUAGAGACAUUGGACAUUAGUGGUUGUGAAAAUUUAAUUGAGGUUCAUGAGGCCAUUGGAUCUCUUGAUAAGCUUAAAAUUUGGUAUUUCAUGGAUUGCAAAAAACUUCAAAUUCUUCCUAGCAGCCUUAGGAUGAAAUCUCUUGAAUGUUUUUCUCUAUGUUACUGCAUAAGCAUUGAAAAGUUUCCCAAUAUUCACCCAGAAAUGAAAUGUAGCCGUUUAUAUUUAAGUGAUAGUAAUAUUAGAGAAUGGCCUUUAUCACUGGGUUAUCUCAUUAGAGCACUUACUGAGUUAUACAUAGAUAAUUGUCAAGACCUUGGUGAUUUUCUCGUUAGAUGUUCGGGAUAUGAGUUUACGAACUUGAGAGAGCUGCAAGUCUGGAAAUGUGAUGGAAAUAUAAUUGAAUCACAUAUUUUGAUGAAGCCUGAUUCCUUCCCCUCAUUGAAAUAUCUAGAUCUAGACGGCUGUAGUAUUGUUACAAUCCCAAGAAGCAUUAGUAGAUUUACUAGAUUACGAGAUCUUUCCAUGUGCUAUUGCAAGAAGCUUCAAGAAAUUCCAAGGCUUCCACAGUCUAUAAUAAGUGUGAGUGUAACAGACUGCAUCUUGUUAGAUAUGUCAUCAUCAUGCAGAUUAUUGAAUCAGUUUGGAGAAAUAUACAUGAAUCCCUCAUUUUCUGAUGACGGUUGUUGUCGUCUUGAUCUACCAAGAAUUGAGAUUCCAAAGGGAUUCAAAUUGAAUCAUCAGAGUGAUGGAAAUUCUGUAUCAUUUGUGGUUGGUCGUGAAUUUCAAAAAUUAAUUCUCUGUUUCGCUUUUGGAUCGAUGGAGGUGGAAUAUACAAAAGCAACUUGUUUUGUUGUUUCCACCAAUGGUUUUUCAAAAGAAGAAACAAUAGGUUUUAAGAAGAUAAAAGGAGGUUCUGAGCAUCUGUACUUAGGUCUUGUACGUCUUCGGAAAUGGAAUGAAUCAAAUCCAUCUGAACAGAAUCACGUUACAAUUACAGUUGAAAUCAAGUAUUGUCACGCAAUCUCUUCUUCUUAUGACCCCAAAAUUACAUGGUUGGGAGUCCAUGUAAACUGCAUUUGUUGUCCUCAGAAUAUGGCUUGCUUUACACAUCCGAGUGCUAGGCAUGGUUGUGGGUCUUCCUUGGUCCCUGAUGACAUUGAUCACCAUUCUUUUCCAUCUGAUGUGGGAUUUAGUGAUAGGCUUGAUCUGGGUUCCUCUUCAGUGGCCCAAGCCUUUGAUAACAAUGAUUCUGACUUCAAUUUGUUUCCAACAUCAAAGAAGACAAGAACAUCUUGAUCAAACUUUAAAGAAUUAUGCUUCUACCUAAAAGCAACCUCAAUGCCAAGUUACUGUUGCUGUUGAAGUAAUUGAUUUGAAGUGGUGUCAGGGUUAAAAAUUAAUUGGUUGAAGUCAGAAUCGGUUCCAGUUGGUAACGUGCCUACUAUGGAGGAAUUAGUGGAGAUUUUGGUUUGUAGGUAGUCUUCACUUCUUUUGGAAUACUUAAGCCUUCUGCUAGAUGCCACCUAUUUUGAAAUAGUUGAGCCUUCUGCUAGGUGCUACCCAUAAAGAGGAGACAAUUUGGAACCCUGUUCUGGAGAAGAUGGAGCUGCGUUUAGCUAGAUGGAAGAGGUUGUAUUUUUUUUAGGGGGGGGGGGGGGGGGGG